AUGAGCGAUACGGCAGGCGCGCCGCCGCCCCUCGAGUCUUUGCAUCCUGCGGUACGUGUGCCGCCCGAGGGGCAUGCGCAGCAUGGCCCCGAGUCAGUACACCUGGCCCACGAGCCGCUGGGCGGCGAGGCAAGCGCUGUGGCGCAAAUGGCGCCGUACGUCACCGACCCGACCCAGUUCCUGCUCAACGUGCCGGUGGAGAAGCCGUUCACGACACAGGUGCCUGCGUCACUCUUUGACGAGUGCGUCACGGUGCUGAAGCGCACAGUGCAGUGGCGCGUCUCGUCGACACGCUACAACGGCGCGCUGCCGCACGGCCGUCGGUACGCUUGGCGGAAACACUUUGUGUGCGACCACUCGGGCAAGCCGCGCGACCGCCGCAACCCCGACCUGGCGCCAGGCAAGCGGAGAUCACGACGCGCGUCCAUCAAGAUUGGGUGCCCGGCCUCGUUCACCGCGACGCAAGAGGUCGGCAGCGACACCGUGACGAUGGUCUGUCGCUUCCAGCACCAUGGGCACACGGUCAACACGCGCGAAUACUGGGCAAAUUCGCGUAUCCCGGAUAAUGUGCGCGAAUGGAUCAAGGAGCGCGUCGCCGAGGGACGCGACCAGAAGGAGAUUGUCCAGAUGAUCCACGACCACCAGAAAAACGCGGCCAACAUUCCCACCACGUCGCCAGCGUUUAUUCCUCCAGGCGUACAGAUCACCCGGAUGGACGUGUACAACAUCAUCAAGCGCCACCGCGCGGCACAGAACCCAGACUCGCGGCCGAAGGACGAGAUGAAGCACCGCAUCGACCCGUCGAUUAGCGACGACAUGGAGGACGACCAUUUGCGCCUCCCGAUGCACGCACAGGGCAGCGUACAGGCCCAAGGCCUCGCGCGGUCCGUCGACCCGCACGCCCACGCGAUCGACCCGGCGACGACGGCGACAUACCCUAUUUUGCCGACGCCUGCCCAGCUCGCGCCCGUCACCCCGGACGAGGCUGUGAGCUUUGCACAGCAGUGGAGCGAGAGCCUCGCCAACCUGCAGGCGCUGCAGCCGCGCAUGAUGGAGCAUGCGCUCACGACGGGCACCACACGCCAGGCCAACUCCACCGCCGAGUGGUCGCAGGCGAUCCAGCAAAUGUCGCAGGCAUGGAUCGUCGCGAACCACUUGCUCGGCGGCACAGUCCUCCCAGAACCGCAUAACCCGGCGCCAUAG